UUGUCCUCUUCGGAACUCUCUUUCGAACUCACUUUUUGUUUUCAGCCAGUUUCUUCCCUGGAUUUUGUAACAUUCGUUGCCAACGGGGAUUCAAAUGUGCGCUGGUGGAGCCACGCAACUGCUUUACAUGCUCAGCUCGACCCCAAUGCGUUCAGAACGAAUGUGACACAUCGUGCCGUCUUUCGUGCCCAUUCCUCAACAGAUGUGUUCUCACGAACACGGGUCUAUGUUGCCCGGUUGCUGCCUGCAGAUUUUCAUUCCCUUUCAACGCGGAAGCUGAAACAACCCCAAACUAACGUUCAGGGAAGCGAUACAUUCCCAGUGAUAACGAAACUCCUAAUAACGUAUAAAUAA